AUGAGUUCUCUCACUGAAUCGACUAUCGCUCUACCUAUGGGAGAUCCAAAGAAACGUGUACAAGAUCGAUUGUCCACGAGACAUAACAUUCAACUCGCUCUCCUUCGCGCUGAAUCAGCUUACACUUCUGGGUUACAAAUAUCAACGAGACGUGGUAAAGUAGAAGAUAUCCGACAGGCUCUUGUAUCUCUCGCUCUAUUGGGCACCUUUCAGACUUCUCUAGGAAUGGGUUCAGGAACAAUCACUAAUUCCGUCGCUAGCAUGUUAGCUUACAGUCCUUCCCUCACUCUUUCAAGAGAGAUAAUUGCAGCGAUUGAUAUGAAAUUUCCCAAUCCACAUAUGGACGAUAUGAUCUUUCCUUCCAUCAGUGCCCUUCCCCCAUCGUCUUCCACUUUGUCUAAUGACUCUGAUUCAGAAUCAGAAUCGGAAGACCGAAUCCUUCGUCAAUACUGGACCUCAGUAAGAGAACGGUAUGCCACAGGAUCUAUCAUCGAUCAGUCAGGUUUUGAUUUAUCGAUAUUACCUCCAGAAUGGGCAGUGAUUAGUAUCAAUGUGACAGAUGAUAGGAACACAAUGUUCGUCACUCGUCAUCAGAAAGAUCACGAACCACUUGUUUUCUGUCUUCCUCUCGAUAGACAAGGGAGGAGAGAAGGUGAUGACGACCUCUUUACGUUUGAUGCGGCUAUAAGUGAAUUGAAGAGUAUCAUCGAAGCUAGUGAUCAGAGUGCUAGGUCAGCGAAGGAUGUAGCAGAUACGACAGCGGCUAAGAAGGAUUGGUGGGCUGUGAGACAAGCGCUGGAUAGGAGAAUGAAGACGUUGGUAGAGACUAUAGAGUUUUGUUGGUUGGGGGCUUUCAAGACUAUCUUCAGCUCUCGACAAGGUCGAUCAACCAAAAAGCUGAAAGAAUUCAGAACGAAGCUUGACCGGAUCUUUGCAUAUGCCCUAUCUGGAAAUGGUAUCGCUAUCAGUAAACACCAAGUUCAUCUGGACGACGCCCUUUUGGAAUGUUUCAUCACAUUGUCUUCGAAAUCACGCGAUGAAGAGAUCGAAGAUUUGGUUUAUUUCAUCUUGGACAUCUAUCAAUUUCAUGGGGUGCCUGUUGCCCUUGCGGAGUUGGACAUUGACCAGAUAGGGGUAGAUGUGAAAUCUCUCUUAGCAGAGAUUGACACUACCAAUGCCACCCCUACGGAACCUGAACAUCUUUUCCUCGCACUUGACAAAAACGUAUUUCCUAUACCCUGGGAAUCCCUUCCCAUUCUCCGUGGUCGUCCCAUCUCCCGUAUCCCAUCCUUACCUUUCCUUCUCGAUCAAGUCAAUUUGGGUCUGCAUCUCCAUCCAGGGUCAGACCCAGCGAAGAGAAGUGUGAAUUCUAAAAAGACGUUUUAUAUUUUAAACCCCUCGGGAGACUUGAAAAGGACACAAGAAAGCUUCGAACCUUGGAUUGAUAGUAUGACAAAGAGAUCAGGAUGGAAAGGUAUAAAAGGAAGACCUCCGACUGAAUUGGAAUAUACUACUGCGUUGAAGGAAAAUGAUUUGGUUUUAUACUUUGGUCAUGGUGGAGCAGAACAAUAUGUACGUAGUAAGGCAAUCGCCCAUUUACCAAAAUGCGCAAGUGUCAUGUUGUGGGGAUGUUCUUCUGGUGAAUUGAGAGAUGCGGGAGAUCUAGAUCGUUAUGGUACUCCAUGGGAUUAUGUCAUGGGAGGAUGUCCAUCUUUAGUAGCAAAUCUAUGGGAUGUUACAGAUAAAGAGAUAGAUCAUUUAUCAACAUCAGUCUUUCAACGUCUUCAUCUUAACCCUUCACACGUUUCAACAUCACGUAAACCCGCUUUGAUCCCUUUGGCACAAAUAUCAAAUGUACAGGCUGUUAAUUCGGCUAGGGACGAUUGUAAACUUUGUUAUUUGACUGGAGCUGCUCCUGUGGUUUAUGGGGUUCCCAUCUGGGUACAUUAG